CUUAGCUUUGAAACAGAACGAAGUACGAACGAAGGGAACCCCAAGUCUGAAGCUUUGAACGAAGGAAUUACACAGGGUCCCCAAUUUCUCAGGACCGGCCCUGCCCUCAGUCUUCCUAUCGAAAACACUGCACGACGCUGUACUCUGUUUUCCAUAUAACUAAAGGUUUCCCGUUCAAUUUUGAUAAUCUUCAAUAAUGGCAUUUGCUCAAAUUGGUAGAAAUGUCAUCCGCCGCCAGCUGUCUGUUCCGGAUGGAGGGAUCCACCAUCCAUUGUUCUAUGCCGCUCAAGGUCUCCGCUACAGAAAAUUGGAAGUUAUUCUCACUAAUAGCAUUGAGAAGCUUGGGAAAGCAGGUGAUACGGUCAAAGUCGCACCUGGUUUUUUCCGGAACCAUCUGAUGCCAAAGUUGCUUGCUGUCCCUAACAUUGAUAAGUACAGGCAUCUCCUCAAAGAUCAGAGCAAGAUUUACCAACCCAAAGAAGAUGUAAAGGUUAAUGUCAUUCCACAAACCAACGAAGAUAAGAUGAAAGAAUACCAGGCAGCAGCCAACCGCCUUGAUAGAACUAUGGUGGUUCUGAGGAAAUUCAUCAAAGUUGACAAUGAGAUACGUGAACCCGUAACUAAAGAAGAAAUUGUAGCAGAGGUCGCAAGACAGCUUUCAGUUAGCAUAGAAGCUGAGAAUGUGCACUUGCCCUCUCCCUUGUCCUCUUUAGGCGAGUUUGAAGUGCCACUGCGCCUGCCUAGGUCCAUCCCUCUGCCUGAGGGGAAGCUUCAUUGGGCUCUCAAAGUUAAAAUCCGGAGAAAAUAAAUGUUGGGUGCCACCAACUGCCACACCUCAUCGAAUAUUGCUGCCUAUAACCAUUUUUUCUGUUGCCUUCACUGAGAAUGCUAAAAUAGAUGUCUGUAGAGGGCUAUAAGAGGCAGAUCAAUGAGUCUCGGGAAUCUUUAUGGCUUUCUCAUGAAUGAACUUGCUUGAUGGCAAUGUGAUACAUAACAGUGCAUGGUAUAGAACCGAAUAGUGAGUGCAUCUAUUUAAAUAGUUCUAGAGAUUUUUAUCCCGAACGAAAACCAUACCGUAUCGUUUGAAACGGGGACAAGACCAGUUUUAGAUUUCAAGAAACAAAAAAUACCGAACUAGCCCGUUCUAAAAUAAUACAUUUGAGAUUUUUCUAUAUUUUC